CAAGUAAUUAAACAUACAUUUAAGGCGACUUGGGUUUUUAAAAGAAAUGGACUUGUCAUUUACGGAUUAGGUGAUGACGCUGGUUUGCUAUUCAAAAGUGGAGUUCAGGCCCAGUUUCUUGUAAGCAUAUUUUGUUUCUUAAAAGCCCAAGCUGUAUCAAUUCAUUUUGGGCUGUAAAAAUUGAAAAACCGAGCCCAAAGUACAGGGAGUCUUCUUCUUCGUUGCUGUGGAUUUUUCUUCAAAAGCGGCUUUGAAAUGACGGAAACGCAAUCGGCGCCCGAGUUCAACUCCGCCUGGGAAAAUCCUGCCGCCGUCUGCCUCUUCUCAUAAAUACAGCUAGAAUCCGGCGUCCGGUGUCAGACGAGAACGAAUUUGUAUUGGGCCGGAGUAGGUCUGCCGUUGCCGCUCAUUCGUCAAGAGAGCUGUAUAGUCAUGGCUUUGGCUCGACUAACUAACCUCAACAAUCAUUUGAAUCCUGCCAAAACCUUUGUUCCCAAGGAUGGUAUCACUGGACUUAUUAGAAUGUCAAAUGAAGUUUCUGAGGCUUUAUCCUGUGGGGGAGCUGUUGUUGCUCUCGAGUCCACUAUAAUUUCUCAUGGAAUGCCUUAUCCUGAAAAUUUGGAGGUUGCAAAAGCUGUGGAAGCUAUUGUGCGGCAUCAUGGUGCCGUGCCUGCAACAGUUGCAAUUCUGGAUGGCAUCCCAUUCAUUGGAUUGGAUUCACAACAACUCGAGAGGCUCGCCAAGCUGGGACCAAAAGUCCGUAAGACAGCUCGGCGGGAUAUUGCUCAUGUGGUUGCUACCCGGGGUAAUGGUGCAACCACAGUUUCUGCAACGAUGGUUUUUGCUUCAAUGGUUGGGAUUCCAAUUUUUGUCACUGGGGGCAUUGGAGGAGUCCACAGGCAUGGAGAAAAUACAAUGGAUGUUUCUUCGGAUCUCACUGAGCUUGGAAGGACUCCAGUAGCUGUAGUAUCUGCUGGUGUCAAAUCGAUUUUAGAUAUCCCAAGAACCCUUGAGUAUCUGGAAACUCAAGGAGUUUGUGUUGCAGCAUACAAGACAGACGAAUUUCCUGCCUUUUUCACUCCAAUUAGUGGUUGUAAGGCUCCUUGUCGAAUUGAUACCCCAGAAGAUUGCGCUCGACUAAUCGAUGGGAACUUGAAACUGAAUCUCCAGUCAGGAAUACUUAUUGCGGUUCCUAUUCCACAAAAGCACUCAGCUUCGGGAAACAUGAUCGAGUCAGCGAUACAGCAAGCUAUUCAAGAAGCAAGGGAGCGGCGAGUAACUGGAAGUGCUGAAACUCCUUUCUUGCUUGCUAGAGUCAAUGAGCUUACUGGAGGCGCCUCUCUGUUUGCCAAUAUUGCACUUGUAAAGAAUAAUGCAGCGAUUGGUGCUCAAGCUGCCGUUGCACUUGCAAAACUUCGUAGAGCCACAGGGGCUGAUUCAUGUUAAUUAGUUUGGGAACAAAUUCAUAAAUUGGAAAGAAGAACUUUAUUGGUGUUCAAAGGAUGUUAUCGAACGUCAAUAAAGUUCAUUUUCUUGUAAAUUAAGGUAAUUCUGCUACUUGGUGUUAUUUAUAUAUGAACUUGGUUAAAGUUAAGUUUAAAGGUUAUGGAGAGAUGUUUUGAGUUCAUUUUGGCCGUUAGUUUAUUUGUUCCCUCUUCACCUGGUUAGAACUUAGAAUAGACUACAUGGUGAAUUGCACUGCUGCUAAUCUGUUAUCUAAGGUGGCUUGUUGACAAAUUCUUUCUUUGCUGUUAGUCUGUUAAUCCAAGAUGGCUUCUUGACAAAUUCUUUCUUUGCUGCGAAUCUGUUAAUCCAAGAUGGC